UUGGGGAAGAAAAGAGUGUGGUAUUCGGGAUUUGCUUCAUGAGCCUCUCUCAGUUCUAGACAUGUCCACAGGCUGGGCACCUUUAGCCUGUCACUCACUUGGAAUUUGUUGAAUAUAGUUGCCCUGCUUAACUCUCAAUACAAGCAGUGUGGUGAUCAAAAAGCCACCAUGGUGCAUCUGUGUCCCACAUUGGUGAGAUGACUUUAGGGAGAGUCAUAGACUUCCAAAAUCGCCAGAUAGGACAGGACCUUGAGGCCAUCUGAUAGGUUCUUGAACAUACUUCUGUACCUCUGUCUGCCAUCCCCAUCCGUCUCUGACCACCUUCUUUCUGUUCGCAUCUUGCUUUUGCUGUCCAGGAGCACAUCAGGGAUAUUGUACCUCUCAGCUGGCUUUCAGCUCCCCUGUUCUGUGGAUGGAUUCAGUCCUAAACUGACCUUCAGUUAGAGGCUUCUCUGCACACUGCUCUUUCUUCCACUUUCUUUGUAGUGCUUAAUCCAAGGGCUUUUUAUUUGUGUCUAUAUCCUUAAGUAAAAGCAAUUAUGUAAGAUGUAGCUGGAUUGAUAGGUGGGUCUCCUUGGCAUCUUUCACACAUUUGAAAUAGACCAAAUAUAGCAAGCUUGGUUUCUCUGCAUGGAUGGGGCUGAUUUCAGUUUCCAGCAUGAGGUUAGCUCUUACUUGUUCUGUCAGACUCUAUUGCCAUCAAACUGCAAAGCUUCUGUCUUUAUUAAACUACCAGCAGUCCCCAGAAUUCUAAUGAGUAAAACUGACCUCAGCCUUUCAGGUGGGAAUAGUUUCCUUUUCUCAGAGAGCAUCCAAAUCCUCCUGUGUUGUUCCUGGAUAAAAAUCAAAGGAUAAAGACAGUUUCUUGCAGACAAGUGUGCCCUUGAGGUCACUUGUUGCACUAUUUAUGUCUCCCCCCUCCCCAGUUUCUUCCCACAGGCCAGUCUAGUUAUGCUGUUGCCGUGGGGACCAGGCUUAGGUCACCUUCACAAUGUCUUGAUUUGGUCUAAGACCUCAAGACCUCUCCCAGCCUCACCCUAAAUUGGUUCUGAGCUGGUCUUGAAGGGGCUUGCCCUGUAUAUGGUAUAUGGGCAAAGGUGGUAUUCAACCAACUCUUAAGUAUUUCCAGGUUAGACCUCAGUGUGUAAAUAGUGAAUACCCAAGUCCCUCUGACCACUCUCCUGACCCAGCAUGAGUCUUGCCUGGCUGCACUAGCUUUCUGCUUUUAGGUGGACCAGAAGGUCAAGAGUGUGAAAGAGUAUAGCUAAGCCUUGAAUCGAAGCUGGGAUGUAGCUGGCACCUGCAUGGUCGUGGGCUGGGCUGACAUAGUCUCAGAACUGAUCUGGGUGCUGUGGCUGAUUGGCAAGAGUUAUGUAGGCUAGGUCUGUUCACAGUUUGCCAAUGCCUGGCCUUGCUCAUGAGGAAAGUGUUAGUACAGUUCAGUAUUGCUAUUUAAAGAUUUCUCCUCUACCUGCUGCCACUUCCGCUUGUUCAGGAACAAGGAAUUGGCUAUUUAUGCUUCGCAGUCAUGUAUGCUGUAGUUAGAGGAACAGCGCUAACAAAACUCCGCAUCCCCACCCCAGGCCCUCUAUUUAGCAUCUAUCCUUGUGGCUUUUCCCAGUCCCCAGCACCCUUGCGUGCACUGCCCAAGUCCCUGCCGUGUGCAUGUGAGACAGCGGUGCCUGCCUCUGCUUCUGUGUCCAGUGUGUGGGGGGGCAAAUUGCUCUGGUUCUCUCCACUGCCAUUUCCAUGUGCCUGCUACACCCUAACUUCAGCCUGGCCCUGCCCUCACUUCUGAUGGAGGAGCUGGAGUCCAGGUACACUUGCUGAAGGACCAGUUGGCUGCUGAGGCUGCUGCACGGCUGGAGGCCCAGGCUCGCGUGCACCAGCUCCUGCUGCAGAACAAGGACAUGCUCCAGCACAUCUCCCUGCUGGUCAAGCAGGUGCAGGAGCUAGAGCUGAAGCUGUCAGGACAGAACGCCAUGGGCUCCCAGGACAGCUUGCUGGAGAUCACCUUCCGCUCCGGAGCCCUGCCUGUGCUUUGUGACCCCACAACCCCUAAGCCGGAGGACCUGCACUCGCCGCCGCUGGGCGCGGGCUUGGCUGACUUUGCCCACCCUGCGGGCAGCCCCUUAGUUGACCACGGCAUGUUUGAGAAUUUGAACACAGCCCUCACUCCAAAGCUCCAGGCCAGCCGCUCCUUCCCCCACUUGUCCAAGCCCGUGGCCCCCAGCUCUGCCUCUCUGGGCUCUGCUGAGCCUGGGGGGGCGGGACUCUGGGUGGGCAGCAGCCAGCACCUCAAGAACCUGGGCAAAGCCAUGGGGGCCAAAGUGAAUGACUUCCUGCGGAGAAAAGAGCCCUCCAGCCUGGGCAGUGUGGGUGUGACGGAGAUCAACAAGACCGCAGAAGCACAGCUGGCCAGCGGGGCUGAUGCGGCUCCAGGGGCCUGGCUGGAGGAUGAAAGGUCAAUCCUGCAAGAAGCAUUUCCUCGACUGGAUCCUCCACCUCCCAUAACCAGAAAACGAACCCCUCGGGCCCUGAAGACCACCCAGGACAUGCUGAUUUCAUCACAGCCUGUCCUCAGCAGUCUGGAGUAUGGGACAGAGCCAUCACCUGGGCAGGCCCAGGACUCCGCUCCCACUGCCCUGCCUGACGUCCCAGCAGACGCUCCACAGUCAGAGGCCACCAUGGAAAGAGAAGAGAGAGGCGAAGUUCUGCCCAAUGGAGAGGUUUCCCUGUCGGUACCUGAUCUCAUCCACAAGGAUAGCCAGGAUGAAUCCAAGCUAAAGAUGCCUGAGUGCAGAAGGGCCUCCUCCCCCAGCCUCAUCGAGAGGAAUGGCCUCAAACUCAGCUUGAGCCCCAUCAGCCUGGCUGAGUCCUGGGAGGAGGGCAGCCCCCCUCCUCAGGCGCGGACCUCCAGCCUCGACAAUGAAGGCCCUCACCCAGACCUGCUGUCCUUCGAAUAGAGCCUCCGCUCUUUCCUGGCGAGCACCACCCUGGUCUUCCUGUUGUUUUCUCCUCCACUGUGCACACGGGCCCUAGCCCCAGCUCCGCUGUGCCCUUCAUCUUCCUUGUAUGAGGCACCAGCAGACAGCCAAUCCUCCACCAUGGGAUUUUGCAGGGCUGGAAGUCCUUGAGUAGUGCUAGUUAAAGAGUCUGUCUGCAGAAUGGCUAAAGGACUCGAUGUCAUCUUGAGCCUAGUUUUCUGCAACCUCCUCUGGAUGGGCUGCGGCCAUUGGACAUUGGAGCUCCUCUCCUCUUGAGUUUGUCCUGGCUUCUCAGUGAAUUUCAGGGCCACCAGCCCAGGACGAUGAAUCUUGCAGGAAUUCUCUUUGCCUGUCCCCCACAUGCACCUCCUCCCCUGCUAUUCUCCCUCCCACACCCCGGUCCCUUCUCUCUCCUCCUUGGCAGGUCCUAGGCCUCUGGCCUCAGUGGGAGCAAGGCUGAGUGAGGAAUGAUGGGUUUGGCUUGAUGAUGGGCCCUGACCUAGAAAGCCACACACCCAGACCACAGCCCAGCCAUGGCUCCUCUUGGUCCCAAGACAGCACAGGCCCCUGGUCGCCGUGUUUGCUCUGCCCCUGGGAUGGAGGCCAGAAGAGAUGCUUACCAGGCCUGAGACUGAGAGUUCACCCAAGGCUUGAACCCUGCCACCAAGGGUUCCCAAGUUUUACCCCCAUCUGGUCAGAUGUUGAAUACAAAAUGUGGGCAUUCUUCACGGAAGGAAAGAUCAGGCUUCCCUUGCUGUGUGUGUGAGACAGGGAGAGCCAGGCCCCAGCAGAUGCAGCCGAGCACACCCUGAUUUUGUUUUGUCGGGAGGGCUCAGGAACUUGGGGGUGGUUUUGGUAUUCAGGGCUGGUGCUAAAAACCCAGAGCAGAAGCAGGGAGAAGGGAGUGGACACGGGACAGAGAAGGGCGAUCACUGGGGAUCAGAACAGCUUUUCAGGGGCCACCUUGCAACCUCAAAUGAUGCCGUUUCAGGGCCUGGGCCUGCUGUGAGAGCCAGAGUGAAGCACAUGCAAGAUUGGCAUGUGAGAAGAACUCGGGGGCGGGGGGUGGCGGGGACCACUUUCAAUUAAGUGGAAGUGCUUUGUGCUUGUGCUGAAGUUGUCUGGGCCGCCUGCAGCCCUGGACCUCACAGGAGCGGCCCCAGCCUGCCCUUCCCUGCCUGCCCUUCCCUGCCUUUCUUUUAUGCUGAUGCUAGUGGGCUUUUUCCUGCUUUCAGGAUCUGUGUAAGGGACUGACUAGGUUCAUCCAACCUUAACUGGUUCCUGCCCUCCUGGAUUAACCCACUUUUGUAUUCCUGUCUCCCACCAGGGGUCCUAUUGUGCUGUCUUCCUGUGGCCAGCAGACCCUAUAAGGGGGUGAUCCCAAUCCCAGGGGUCUUUGCAUCCCUUUUCUUGAACAAGGUGGCUGGUUCCCUGGGAGAAGGCUGGGAAUGGCACAUCCAGCCAGGGCAGGCGGUAUGGCAUCCUCCUCCUGGGAUUCCUGUGGCCUCCCCUGUUCCAUUCAUUGUUUGGUUUCCCACCCAUAAGCUCUGGGACACCCAGGGCUUGCUUCCAAGCUCUUCUCACCUCCAAGUUUCCACUCCCCUUCCCACUACCACUGCCAUAUAAAAUGCCCACGCUAACUCCUAUAUAACUAGCAGGAUCGCUAGGAUGUGGGUGUCUUCCUGCAUUCUUGCUUCUGCAUCUGUGUGGCCUUGCCACAGCCCUCCCACCGCUUGCCUUCCAUUGCUUUCCUUCUCCCAGAAAGCUAGAUUUCACCACAUGCUCACCACAAGCUGUCUCUGGUCCCUCGUGAGGGUCCCUGCAGCGGGGCACCUGCAGGCCCUGGUAGAGUAAGCAGGGCUUAUGUAUACAUUCUUUCUCCAAGGAUGCAAUAUCUGACCCUGAAGUCAGAGAAGGUCUCAGGACUAGCGUUCGGGGUCCUGUGAUUUUCCCAGAAUGGUUUGGGGUAUCACACAAAACACCACAGCUGAGGAUGGGGAUGGAGUCCCUAAACACAUCCUGGAAGCAAGCCACUUCAUCUGAGUUUCCCAUACCAGGAGCGUGGUUUGUGUUUUGAUGGGAAACUUAGCAAGCCCCUGCUCUCUGGGGCUUCUCCUCUUCUAGAGCCGAGGGUGGCUCUGGCCCAGUGAUAUGGCAGCCAUGGGUUCAGGGAUUGCAGGUGCAGCCUUUCUUAAGUACCCCGUCUCCACUGUAAAGCCCAGCUGCUGCUGAAGUCCAGACUCUUAGACCCAGGAUGAACAAAAGGAUCCCAACAGGAUGUCCAGGACCAUUGCCAGGGUGACCUCAGUGUUCUUCAGACUUAUGUCUGAUACUGAAUACAGCACCACGGGACCCUGCUGCAAUCUAACUGCCUACAGCCCACCCAUCCGCCUGCUGCAGAAGUGUUGCUGCUACCUUGGGAGGCUCUCUGAGACUGGGUUUCUGGUCUUCGAUGCUGCAGAUAGUACCUGGUGCUAGGGGCUAGGUGCUCCCCAGAGCUCAGCAGGAUGAGCAGCUACCACUCAUUCUGCAGAGGGCUUGGCUCAGACCAGGUCUUCCAUCCAAAGCCUCACCUGGUUUCCGCAUCCAUCUCAACAGUCUGGCCUUCCUGUGACUGAAGCCUGACGGCCACGCCGCCACUAAUCCCACACAGUGAGCCCAGCUUCUCUGGGAGCUUGGCCUUCAGUUAGCCCAGUCCAUGAGAGGGCAGAGUAAUGAGGAGGAGUAAAGGACCUGUCUUCUAUGUUCACAUAAGGAAGUUGGGACCACAGGGUCUUUUAUCUCCUUGUUACUCCUCAGCCCCACCAUAACCCCCCCUCAGCACACAGCUUUAUCCUGGUAGAUUAUAAGGUGAGCUUCCAGAACCUGGCAGGAGGCUGGUGUAUCCCCCUGCAUUGAAGGAGGUGUAUCUGAAUGCCGUGUAUGUGGCUGAUAUGGAAGACACACAUGUCUGCAAUCCACAGCUUUUAAAGAAGAUUGGCUCCAGUUUGGAGGAGGAAGAUCACAGAUCUAUUCUGAGUAUUUUUUAGAGAGUUAAUAUUUAUAUUUUUAGAAUUUUCUGGUAGAAGGAAAUUGCACAAUAAAAUGACUUGGUUUCGUUUGCU